UUGUAAUAUGAUCAAAAUAUAUGUUUAUAUUGGAAGUAGUAAAUAUAAAGGUUGUGUUGAUGUUGUGGUUGAGGGACUACAGCACCUCGCCCUGAUGAUGGCACCACUAACGGUGAUACAGUCCAUUGGAUUACCAAAAUAUAGAGACUUCAUAAAAUUAGUUAGAUGGGCAAGAUCAUGGCCACCAAGAUAUCAUUGUUCCCCAGCUCUAGGAAUUUGGCAUCUUCCAGCAGUUUCAUUAGUGACCUCCUUGCCUAAUAUGAACAAUGACACAUUGUCAAGCCUUAAAGGUAUGAGAGUACAGCAUCUACCUGAACAUGAGAUGACUGAGGCUGAGGUGAAGCACAUCGUAUUAAACCCUACACCUGAUGUUGAUGAGCCACUGAGAAUGAAGAGGAAAUUUGCGUUACUCAUCUCCUUCAGUGGCCAAGGAUACUACGGCAUGCAGAAGAAUCAGUAUAGUCGUACUAUUGAAAGUGAUUUGCUUGCAGCCAUGCUUGCUGCAGGUUUGAUCACAGAAGAGGAGCUCAAUGUCCCACAAUUGUUCUCCUUCCAGCGGGGUUCUCGAACUGACAAAGGCGUGUCUGCAGCACGGCUGUUAGUUUCUGCUCUGUUUCCUACAGAUGUGCCUGACCUAGUAGGGGAAAUAAAUAAACAUCUGUGUGACCAGAUCCGUGUGAUGGCUGCAUAUCGAGUUAUAAAAAGCUUCAGCAGCAAGCUGUGGUGUGACUCUCGCACCUAUUCAUACAUGUGCCCAACUUUUGCUUUUGCUCCUUGUACCGAGGUGAUCAGCGAGGAUUAUCGUAUCACUCCAGAAGUCAUUGAGGAACUCGGAAGAUUGUUGCAGAUGUAUAUAGGCCAUCGUAAUUUCCAUAAUUUUACAUCUAAAGUAAACUACCAUGAACUGCGUGCCUCCCGCCGUGUUAUUGAUGCAAACUGCAGUGAACCAUAUGAGCGUGGUGGCUUGGAAUGGAUCACCAUAAAAAUUAGAGGUCAAAGUUUCUUGCUGCAUCAGAUUCGUAAAAUGAUCGCCUUGACAAUGGUCAUCUGUCGAGGACUAGCUAAACCAGACUUAAUACUGAGAGCAUUUAAGGAAGAUUUCAUAGAUCUGCCUAUAGCACCAGCACUUGGCUUGGUUCUUGAAGAUCAACAUUUUGAUCAUUAUAACAAGAAGUAUGCUUCAUAUGGUACCCGUGAGCCUCUCAACUGGGAUGCAGUUGCUGAAAAUAUCCAUCAAUUCCGUGAACAACACGUAGAGUCGACAAUUGUUACCACAGAGAUAAAAGAGAAGUCAAUGUUAAAAUGGUUGGUUGUACCACAUUUUCAUGAUCUGGAUAUGUGGGCAGUCUCACCCCAAGCUGACAGCCAACAAGGAAAAACACAUUCACGAAUGAUGGUUGUGGCAGAGGGAUUGGCAGUUGUAAGACUGGCCCCAGCUGUUGAAAGGAGCAUAGUAUGAAAGCCAAGCCCUCAAAUUGGCUAGUGCAGUAACAUAGCUGCUUGGUUGUGAGUUUUGCUAGGAAGUAGUAUUACAGGAUUGCUCCUCCACUUCAUGUUCAGCUUUUGUAGUUUUAUGUUGGUACAAAAUAGCUUUUGACAGUUUUAUGGUAGGUGCAUAGAUGACCAUCUUCACGAUGAGCAAGGCUGUGAUGAGGAAUGUUUCAUUGUUCAAAGUCUUUUUCCUGAUUUGAUUACUUAUAUGUUAUAUACAGGUAUCACUUGUUUAACGAUCACAGUGCAUUCUUGAAAAACAGGUCGUUAAGUGGAAUGAUCAUUAAACGAGAGGCAAUGAGAAAUGAUAUACUAAACGAGGAAUAAAAUCUGUGGAGAUGGCACGUAAUUGUGUAGCCGAGUCGCUGACCCGCCACCCAGUAGCAGUCGGAGCGGGUGAGGCUGAACUGUGAGUUAUGUUAUUGUUCAUCUCGUAAUUUCGGGUAGAUACAGUAUAUGUAAGCAGGAGAAAUUUGUUGAAGAUGUUUUUACUGUGAGCAUACUCCUUGAGCUGGUUGGAGAGGUAGCCAACCACAUAACUUUGGCACAGCACAGUGGUCACCCAUGCCUAGGAGUUAGAGCGCCAAAUGGUGGGAAGAUGUUCUCUGAGGUUUUCAGCAUGGUAGGCGAGCAUCAGCUUGAGCUUCAAGUCACUCUCCACACUACUUUCCAGCAGUAGAGUGAUAUGGUCCUUGGCUGCCUUGAAUCCUGAUACUACAUUUUCCUCCUUGGCAACAAAUGUUCUGGAAUACAAGUUUACAGGUAUACCCUGGUAACUGAUGUCCCAUUAACCGAUGAUUACAUAUAGGGGAAAUACCCCACAAGUUUCGUUGAUACCCCAGAUCUCCGGCAAUCGGGAAAGGAGAGGCAGAACUGUUUUGAAUUUGGUGGGUAGUGACGUGGUGCGAAUUCUUGCCACGAGAGGGCUCUGCGCAUUGCCUCUGACUGUUACCGCCCCCCUGCACUUGGUUACACUUACCAUGUCUCCUACUUUGUAUUUUUUCGUUAUUUCCGACUUCGUGUUACGCAAUCAUGCCUAAACUCUCCAGUGAUAGAUCCUCUUGUGCUGGGCAUAAUAAGAGUGGUGAUGGACCAGCAAAGAUUGGUAGAGACUUGAUUUUUUUGUUCUGACUUAGUGUGUUAUGCAAUCAAGCCUAAAUGAUCUAGUGAUAGUUCCUCUUGUGCUGCCCUUCUUAGGGGCAGCUUGAUAAGAUUUUAUAAGGUGUAUUAACCCUCUCGUGCAUGCGAUAAGUUUUACGUUUUCAAGUUCACAUCUGUUAGGCCCCCAGGGCAGGCGAGACAGCA